AUGUCUUGGUUCCCCUGGCUCCUCACUCAGUGGCCCUCCUCAGCUCUCUCCCUGCUGCUUCUCAGUGUAGUGGGCAGACAGAUGGGACUGGAGGUGGUUCAGGCGAUAGUGUGCUCCCGGUGGGGUGCACCGAGCAACAAAAGCCUCUCCCAGGAUGGAGAUGUGAUUAUCGGUGGACUUUUUAAUCUCUAUUACAAACCUUCAUAUGGAGAGCAGGUCUUUACCACACUGCCACAUUAUGAACCUUGCACUGGAUUAGAUCCAGAGGUAUUACAAAAUGUGUAUGCCAUGGCAUUUGCGGUGAAGGAAAUCAAUCGUAACAACAUCCUGCUACCAGGAGUGAAGCUGGGCUACCGCAUAUUUGAUAGCUGUGUCCGAUACCCCUGGGCUCUGCAAGCUGCAUUGUCACUAGUUGCAGGAGACGAACACAGCUGUGGUCAACCUGUUCCUUUGCUCAUUGGUGAUGCUGCAUCAACAACAACCAUAUUUCUGUCCAGGAUCCUAGGGUCUCUCUCUGUGCCAUUUAUCAGCUACUUGUCAAGCUGCCCCUGUCUAAGUGACAAGAAUAAGUUUCCUAACGUCUUCAGAACAAUCCCCAGUGAUAUUUACCAAGCCCGGGCCAUGGCACAGCUGGCCAUACGCUUCCGCUGGACUUGGAUGGGAGCGGUGGUUGUCAACAAUGAUUAUGGUCUUUUGGCAAUACAGGCAUUUCAGGAAGAGACUCAGGGGAAAGGGGUGUGUUUGGAAUUCAUAGAGACUCUCCGCAAAGAAACUAUUGAGAGUGAUGCCAGACGUGUAGCCCUCACAAUUCAAGCUUCGACUGCGAGGGUGAUUCUGAUCUUUUGCUGGUAUACAGAAGUAAAGAAAGUAUUUCUGGAACUGGCCAAGAUAAAUGUGACGGACAGACAGUUUCUGGCAAGUGAGGCUUGGAGCACCAAUAAUGAUCUUCUCCGAAAUCUUGCCAUCUCUAAAGUGGCAAGUGGUGUUCUUGGUGUGGCCAUUCGAAGUUCUACAAUACCCGGAUUUGAAAAUUAUCUCAGAAGUUUGCACCCAAUUCGUAAUCCUGAUGAUGACUUCUUACGAGAAUUCUGGGAAAAUGAGUUUGGAUGCAGUCCUGGAGCUUUGCAAUUACAUGCAGCACCUCUCUCUUCACCACUUAAAACAAGGUCUGACCAUGUGGCAAAUGUUUCAUCUUCAUCUACUGCCAAGGCGUCCUUUCAGAAAGCUUCUCUAUCACCCUGCAGUGGCACAGAGUCCCUGGAGGGACUGCAUAAUCCCAUCACUGAUACCUCUCAGUUAAGGGUGACGUAUAAUGUCUACCUUGCUGUUUAUGCUGCAGCCCACGCCCUUCACAGCCUUCUCUCCUGCCCCGACACAGACAGCUCACACGGAAACAACAGCUCCACCUGCUCUUCUCCAAAACACAUCAAACCCAUAGAGCUGUUGCAGCACUUGAACAACCUGCAUUUCACCACACCACAGGGGGAAAUGUUUUACUUUCAAGGUGGUGACGCUCCAGCAAAGUAUGACCUUGUCAACUGGCAGAACACCCCUGAGGGGUCACUCAAACUUGUUUUGAUUGGUCGUGUGGACGGGUUUGACCUCCACCUCAACCAGUCAGCUGUUCAGUGGAGCACCGGAUCUAAUCAGGUGCCUACUUCAGUGUGCAGUGAGAGCUGCCCCCCAGGCACCCGAGUGGCCAACAGGAAAGGAGAACCUCUCUGCUGCUUUGACUGUAUCCCAUGUGCUGAUGGGGAGAUCAGCAAAAAACCUGGUUCCCUUCACUGUGAGCGUUGUCCAUUAGAGUUUUGGUCCAAUGCUAAACGAACUGCGUGCAUCCCUCGCCAGCUGGACUUCCUUUCCUUUAAUGAAACCUUGGGAAUUACCCUGACUACAGCAGCUGUGUCUGGUACUGUGGUGACAACAGCUGUAUUUGUAGUUUUUCUUUACUACCGUCAAACACCUAUGGUACGAGCCAACAAUUCAGAACUGAGCUUCCUGCUUCUCCUGUCACUGAAGCUCUGCUUCCUGUGCUCACUGGUGUUCAUUGGUCGUCCAUCAGUCUGGGCUUGUCGGUUCCAGCAGGCAGCUUUUGGGAUCAGCUUUGUACUUUGUGUUUCCUGCCUCCUGGUCAAAACCAUAGUAGUUCUUGCUGUUUUCCGCUCAGCUCAGCCUGGUGCUGAAGCAUUGAUGAAGUGGUUUGGUCCAGGCCAACAGAGAGGAAGUGUUUGCCUCUUUACAUCUAUACAGAUUAUCAUUUGUGCCACAUGGCUGUCCCUCAGCCCUCCUGUGCCUCAACGUGAUCUGGGUUUUCAGGGGUCAAAGGUCACCCUGGAGUGCGCUAUGGCCUCUGUGGUGGGCUUCUCUCUGGUUCUAGGUUACAUUGGUUUGUUGGCCUGCACCUGCCUUCUCUUGGCCUUUUUUGCUCGGAAACUCCCUGACAACUUCAAUGAGGCCAAACUGAUCACCUUCAGCAUGCUGAUAUUCUGUGCUGUCUGGGUGGCCUUUGUCCCUGCUUACGUUAGCUCUCCUGGGAAAUAUGUUGUCGCUGUGGAAAUCUUUGCAAUCCUGGCCUCUACCUAUGCUUUACUGCUCUGCAUUUUUGCCCCCAAAUGUUUCAUCAUUCUCUUGAGGCCUGAGAAAAACACUAAGAAACACCUGAUGGCCAGGUAGUUUUUCUGGCUG